AGCAACUUGAACUGAAGGAGGACAAAAAUCACAAUGGAGGCGAAGAAGGGACAUAUGAAUGACUCCAGCCCCCUAGAAUGGCGCUUUCAGAACCAAGGCCUUUCCACAUUGUAGCGGGAUGCGCUCGAAGACGCGAUUCAGCUGGUAACGCACUCAUGCAUCAUGAUCCUGGUGGCACUGUUCACCAGUCACUCUCGUUUUUGGCUUGCAGGCUGACCUUCACACCGCGGAGGGCCACCAGGAUGGGCUGUUCUUUAAAAAGGAACUGAAGAAAGGCUUCUCUUGGAGGACUGGGGGUCUGUCCAAAGCACCGUCAAGCCGCAGUGUAGCUUCCGUGUGGCUGGAGCCGUCAUUGCGACCAUGGCACGUGUUUGGAUGGGGAAACAUACUCACUUGGUCUCUGAUCCUGUUGAUUGGCUUGCUGACCUGCGCUUACUUGUAAGCAAGCCAUCGCCAUAGGGGUGCGAAGAUUGAUUGCAAUCAAUUGAUUCAGUGGACCACGGCUGAAUGUUCGCAGGUACGGAGAGCUCUUGUCGCCUGUCGUUCCUCCAGUAACCACAUCAUCAAAAUGAUGAAUGAGAUCACAUCCAUGUAUUGUAUAUGCACUCACUCACGUCAAUCGUGUCAACUCAGUUUAUGGACGAGAAGGGCAAUGAGAUAUAUGAGACAGUGCAGGAUUACAUGCACACCCUUACCGGGAUCAACGAGCUCACAGUGUCCAUGUAAGCGACAUGCCUGUGUCUCCGUUCCCUAUAUGAGCUUGAUCACGAGUCCUCCGUAACUCCCUCAUAUCUCAUUAUCUUACUGUCAUAUCCCUGGGAUGGAUCCGUGUCUCCAGGUCUCAUACGGCUCUCGAUGUGUUCUUCGCAUGCUGCUGGAUCCUUAUCUGCAGCUGCUCAUUCUUGCUGGUCUUCUCCCACACUGUGAGGUGGAAAUCGACCAUCAAGUCCUGGAACUUGAGGAAGCUACGGUGAACUUGCACAUCAUGAGUUAGCUGACUGGCAGAAUGUUCUGUCGUUUUCGCUUGUGUCAUACAGGCAGUAUCACACGAGGAUGAAGCGGUCACGGCGUCAGCAGCAGUACCAGCAUACGUGGACCAUGGACAGCCCCGUCAGCCAUAGAGACCACAGCGGGACACGCUCCGACUAUGAGCGGAGGGCCACACUACCGACGGCCCACGAGCUCUCCUGUCUUCUACAUGCAAUCGCACGUGUUUUCAAGCGACUCGGUCAGCCCAACCCUCCUUCAGUGUGUGGAUCGGGGAGACGAAGCAAAACACUCAUUGCAAGGCCUCUGUGAUUAAUGACUGCAGGAAGAACGUUUUCAUUCACGAGUCGCUUGUUCUGGACUGCCCAUGUGAGUACCGCGCAACCCUUCCUCCACCAUCCAUGAACAUUUGGCUGACCUGCUUAGGUAUCCCUGGAGACACUGACGAUCGUGUUGCAGGUCAAAAAAAAGCAGUCAGUCAAUUAAUCGCAGGUCUUUUUUUUUGCAGCUAUAUCGCAGCCUCCUAUUUGCCGUCAGUCAAUUAAUCAUCGAUCCAUCGAUUGCUUGCUUGUGUGUGAGCUAGUGACGCCUUUGAUGUGUGUGCUUGCAGGGAUACGACCUCAUGAAGGCCACAGAGGUGCCAGCGGAUAGGACCGAGUCUUUAUCAGCUUGGCAGCCAUUGCCACCGCCCACGCGAUCAUCCUGACGCUCUGUGUUGUCAUUCGCACCAAGAGAAGGGGGGUUGCGAUCGUCAUCUCUCUUCUCUUGUCCCUCUUGUAUCCCAUCCACGCCCUCACGACUCUCCUUUCCAAGCAAUCGCUGCUCCAGCAACAUUCAUACAUCGUCUUCAAAUCCGC